UAAAAUGGCGUACAAGAGGAAAACAAGUGAUAGAAUGUUGCCAGAUUUUGACGAUUUCUUGCAGAUAAGAGCCAAGGGGCAGUUUCUACGUGUUUCUAAAGAGACAGGCAAAGACGGUUUUGAUAGACCUAGUGGAGCAGACAAUCUACCAUCUCAUCCACACAGAAAGAAGAAAGCUUUAUCAAGGAAAGGGCAGAGAAAGAACACCAGAAGURAAAAGAAGGCAAAACGRCAUGAGUUUUAUAAAAUGGGAAGGCUAGCUUCCAGAAUCCAGAUUGAAAACACUUUAGGAAGCCAGGAUUCCUCCAACAACAAAAAUCACAAAAGUUCAACUAAAAAUACAAACAAAUUGAGAAGUGAUAAAAAGAAGGCUAAAUCUUCCACUAGAGAUGUUAAAAGACAAAGAUACAAUGAAGAAAACAAAAAAGAAGAYAAAGAAAUUAAAAGGUUGGAAAAACUACUUAACAUGGGCAAUAAGCAGAAGCUUCCCUCUCAGUUUAUGGCUGAUGGUUUAGAUUAUAUAUUGGAAGUUUGUGAUCAUGACAGAUUUACAAUUACAGUAGAAAGUGACCAAGAAAGUGAUUGCAUAGUUGACAAAUAUACAAAAUCAGUUAAUGCGAACAAUGAGAUAAAAACAAAAGAAAAAAGCUUGGAACAUUCAGAAUCAGAUGAACUUGAGAGUGAGAGUAACAGCGAUAAGCAAGAUGAAAUAGUGGAUGAUGACACUGGSCUUGAUUACGAUUAUGACUGUGAUAUUGAUGAUGGUGGUAGUACUGAYAAUGAUUCAGGAGAUGAUGCAAACCAUGUCAAUUCUAAUGACGAGGAUSAACAAGAGUUUGCAAAUGGUGAUGGGAGAAGYGAACCAAUCAAGAACYCAUGGACAGAAAUMACRAAAGAUUUCAKUGCAGCAAAGUAUAUUCCUCCACAUCUCAGAAACCAAGACAAMCAUAAUCAUUUGGUCAGAUUGAAUAAACAAUUAAAAGGACAUUUGAACAAACUCAGUGAAGGGAAUCUCCAGUUAAUAUGUAGUGCGAUAGAGGAACUCUUUUCCAAACACAGCAGAAAUGAAAUGAAUGAGCUUCUCACWAAAAUCAUCCUAGAAUCUUGUGUAUCUCCCUCGUUAAUGCCUUCCAAGUUCCUAAUGGAACAUUGCUUGCUCGUUGCUGUGUUGAAUAGUAACAUUGGUAUAGAAAUAGGUGCUCACUUUACUCAAGCGUUAGCUGAACUGUUUGAUAGUUUUAAUAAAGGUGAUAAAUGUACUGGAAAUGGCAAAAAGCUUCUCAAUGUUGUAUCACUUUUUUCACACCUUUACAAUUUUAAGGUGAUCCAUUGUGGAUUGAUCUAUGACAUCAUACGACGUCUAACCGAACGGUUCGAAGAACAAGAUAUCGAACAGCUACUAUUGAUUCUUAAAAGUACUGGUGCAGAUAUACGCCGAGAUGAUCCGGGAUCACUCAAGGAUAUCAUCCUUGAGCUUCAAGUAAAAGCAGCAUCGGCUUGCGGUUUAUCGAACGAUUCUCGUGUUAAAUUCAUGCUGGAGAUUAUUGCAAAUAUUCGCAACAAUAAUUUACGAAAGAUACCAGGGUAUGACCCAUCGGAAGUAAAUCACCUGAGGAAGCUACUUGGAAGUACAGUUAGAGACAGUGGGAGGGCAUCAAGCUCACAGUUGCAAAUGUCAAUGGAAGACCUCCUUCAAGAUGGCACAAAAGGCCGCUGGUGGAUCGUGGGCUCGGCUUGGAGUGGACGAAGUGAAAACAAUAAAACGUGUACGUCAACACCGCAGUGGAGUUCGCAGCUACUUGAACUUGCAAGUAAGCAGGGUAUGAACACUGAUGUCAGAAGAACUAUCUUUUGCGUUAUGAUGACCAGCGAGGACUAUGCUGAUGCCUUUGAGAAAUUAUUAAAGUUGAAGUUAAAAGACAUACAGGCACGCGAAAUUAUACAUGUGCUACUUGAUUGCUGUUUAAAGGAGAAAUCUUUCAACCAUUUUUAUGCCUAUCUGGGGCAAAAGUUUUGUGAAUACAAUCGAUCCUUUCAGGUCACCUUUCAAUUCUCGCUCUGGGACAAGUUUAAAGUCAUCGAAUCUCUUAAACCAAACUGURUCCACAACAUGACUUUAAUUCUAGGCCAUCUUGUUGCUAGUAAAGCAUUGUCUCUGUCAGUACUUAAGGUUGUCGAUUUUACGAAUCUCGAGAGACCUUCUAUCCGAUUCUUCAAGCAGUUCUUUACCCAUUUUUUAGCUGAAUACCCAAGCGAAAUUGUAAGAAAAUCAUUUGAAAGAAUCUCUACAAUCCCUGGUCUAUUACAUCUCCGACAAGGCAUAGCCAUCUUUAUUCGCCACUUCAURUUGAACAAAUACGCCCAAGAUAACGAAAAUAUCAGGAGUAUUAUCGGAUUACUUCAGACUGGUAAAGACUCAAACGUGUCAGGAUCAGGCUUAUAACAUGAAAUCUGUAUACUGCCAUCUCAGAGCUAGAGGAAGACCUAGCUACUCCCUGAUCUAAAACUCGCCCGCCGUAAGUUUGGGCGACUUUAAGCGGUGAAGGUGAUUGACAAAAAGUGCCCAAAACCUAAGGCGAUUUUGGACGAUUUUAGGUCCUGGAGCAAGCUUAAAGGAUAUUACAUGGGUGCGUGGAGAUAAAACAAAAAACAAUGACAAGAAGAUUCAAAUUCGUGUCUUCAAGCGACCAUGUCAGUAAAAUUCUAUUUGUUAUAUGAUGAAUCUAAGCAAUUGAUCAAAAAUUAUUUAUUUGAAUAGCAAACUGAGUUACUAUGCCAACAGCGAUAUCUUCCCAUGUCAAAGAUAGGAUGUCUUAGAGAAUCUGUUUAUCAUAUAAUUAUCAGUGAAAGCAAAUUAUGCUUGGAAUUAAAAAAAGCAUUUUAUUACUUGUUUUUUUACAAAAA